AUGGUUAUUAACAUCAUAUUCAUAACGCUGCAGAAGUUACCAAAAAAGUUCACUAGAAAAUAUGGUUCUGACCUAUCAAACCCAUUGUAUCUUAAGCCUCCGGAUGGUACUGAAUGGAGAGUAGAUUGGAUCAUUCAUGAUGGUGGAAUUUUGUUUAAAGAAGGUUGGAAAGAGUUUGUUGCAUAUUACUCUCUUGAUGAUGGCCAUGUGUUAUGGUUUGAGUAUAAUAUUGGAACUUCUCGCAUUGAAGUACAAAUAUCUGACAUGAGUGGCCUCCAAAUAGAGUAUCCUGUCAAUGAUCAGAUCAAAGAGCACCCGCCACAACACAGGGGCGAGCCGGUGGAAAGGCCAAAAGAACAACAAACUAGAGAUGUGGAUAGCAGUCCCAACACUCAAAACAUGAGAUUUAACGAGGUACGGCAAGAAAAGAUUGAAUGA